AAGAAGAUGCAUGUUUUUAUUCUAUCGUUGAACUCCCUCGAAACCGGUUGUUUUAUUCGUUGUUCGAAUUUCGGAAACAUUAAGAAGCUGCUGAUAAGAAUAUUUGUGUACGAAUCACAAUGUUUCGUUUAGAAGCAAAGGUGAAGUUUGAAUUUCUAACUUUAUUUGUGAUAUUUUUGGUGCAAUUCCAUGGAGUUUAUUCUCAGGACGCGAAGGAAUGUCCAACGAUUGUGAAACGGGCCCAAUGGGGAGCUUCGAAGUCGACUAACGUAACAUACCAGAUACGGCCAGUGGUUUACGUGGUCAUUCAUCACACGGCAACUGCCAUCUGUAGCGAAAUGCCAGUCUGUAAGGCGACCGUCAAAUCCAUACAGGACCAGCAUCAGAAAAUGAACGGGUGGAGCGACAUUGGAUACAAUUUUCUCAUCGGCAAUGGUGGAGUGGUGUACGAGGGCAUCGGCUGGCACCGGGUUGGUGCCCACACUCGAGGCUACAAUAGCAAAUCGCUUGGGAUCGCAUUCAUUGGGGAGUUUACCCACGAUCUUCCGUCGGCCCGGGCUCUGCGAGCCGUCAACAAACUGCUCGAGUGUGGCGUCAGCCUCGGGGAACUCCAUCCGGACUAUAUGCUGUACGGAGCCCGGCAGAUUUCGGCCACAGCCAGCCCGGGAACGGCGCUCUACGGUGAUUUGCAGGAGUGGGACCACUACGAUCCCUCGCCGGUGGUUUGACGUGGUUCGGAUAUGAUUUCUGCGGAAGGAACAAUUUUGAAAGCAUGUUUAAUUGUGAUAAAAAUGAAAGAGGUCUUUUUAGAAGUUCA